AAAAACAAAUCAAGGUGACAAUGGAAUUGAUAUAAUUGUUUCAUAUAAAGGUUAUACCUUUUUAGUACAAUGCAAAAACUAUGAUGGAGAUAACACAAAUCGUGGUAAUGCUAUAAGAGGUGAUAUAAUGAAGUUCGAAGGUGCAAUAUCAUGGUAUCCUCAAAUUUCGUUUAGAGUUUUUGUAGUUGCAAAAAUGGGUGGCUAUAAUGAGCCAGCUAGAUCAAGAGCUCGUGGUUCCCCAUACAAAAUAUUACUUACUAAUUAUGAAAACAUCU